AUGCCCUCUGACAACCACCGUCCCGUCCUCUCAUCCACGCCGUCUCUUCCAUUCAUUCCCGUCGAUGAAGCCGUCCCCCUCGACGAACCCGACUCAUACCUCAGUCUCGCAGGCUUCCUUGCCGAGGAUCACGCUAGGUCCCGAACCUUUACUACCACGACCAGCUCUACUGGGCCCUCUACCGUCCUCUCUCCCAAGACCGAAACCUCUACUCACUAUAAUAUCGACAAAAUCCUCGCUCGCUGUUCCAUUGCAGCCAGCAAACGCGCCUUUAACCGUCAGCUCCACGAGACAGACCUUGAGUGGCGGACACGAAGGACGCACAGUCCGAACACGAGAGGGGCAAUGGUGGAGGUGAGUGGGGACCUGAGGGAGACGCAUGAUGCUUUGAUGAGGUGUUUGUAUGAUCCUGGUGAGUUGGGAGAUCAGAUCGAGGAAGUUAGGGAAGAAGAAGGGAAAGAUAAUGCGUAUAGAUGGAGGCCUUCUGAGGAGCAGCUGGGGAGGGUAUCUUGGAGGAUCGAAGAUGGUGAGGGACAAAUGGAGAGCCCGACGAAUGGAGUCAGAAGUGGGAGUGAGGUGAGCGAGGCGACUAUUGUUCAUAUGCGUGGUGGCGGGAUGCAGGAGUUCUUUGGGCUGAAGAGGCCGAGCGAUGCGAAGAGUUUGCCACAACGCCCGGAAAUUAUCAGCAGACCUUCAGACGCCUUUGAUCAGACAGAAAGGCCCAAUGGAGCUGCCACUAUCCCUGGCCCGCGCUGCUUUGAAGGACCACAGGCUACGCUGGUACGACCGCGCGACUCUCAAUUGCUGCGUGUACAGCGAAUGGAAAAGCUGGCGCCACCCUCGCUCUUCUCAAGUGACGGGUUGAGCGAAACGGCUGACUCUGGGAAAACGGCGUCUAUUGUACCCGAAGGCUCUAUCGCGAGCUUUUAUGUGGGCUCACAAACGCGUCGGGGAACACUGCAUGCAUCCUCGGAUAGCCGUGAUUCACGAGUGUCCGUUAACAACUUCCCGUCACCGCCUCCAUCAAGUACAGGAGGUCACAACGAACCAUACCCUAGAAAGCUUUCUACAACCGGGUCCGAUCGAUCUGAAAGCACAGUCCGCUAUUCGUCUUCAACGGUGGAAAUACCAACAACUAACUUGCAAGAACAGUGGAAUAGCGGCAGCCCUAGCUUUAAACCCUUGCGCGGUGGAGUACGCGGGAUAUAUGCCGACGAGGAUUCUACCAAUGAAAGGAGAGGCGAAGAAACUAGCACGGUGCGAAAGCUUGGGUCUCCUUUGCAGUCACCGAUUCGAGAUAUUCGGGAUAGGAUUUUUGCAGACGAUUGGAGUGCAGAUAGUUGGAACAGGUAUCCUCAGGAGUUGGGCAAGCCUCAAGCUUGGUCAGUUGCGUCAGAUAGUCCCGGCAACCCAGAGGUCGAGAGUCCUAGCUCGCCUAGCCACCAAAGCGGAUCACAACCUCCACCGUCAGGGUACAUACAGGUUCCCCAGACAGAGUUGGUUGUCACACCAACCCGUGGAGAUCUCAGGAAGAGCAUCGAGGGAUCGCUGCGGAAGCAUCGGCGACCGAUUGAGCAGAGCCAAGUAGCUAAUCCUCCUCUACGAGUGACGGAUGGGCAGAAUGGAAGACCGUAUCUAUUCCCGCCAGGUAGCGCGCUUUCUUCCGAUAUUGCUCUCCCGCCGGACACUCGGGCGCCAUCGAAUCGCUCCGUGUGGCAGGGCGGAAGCCACUUAUCGAUAGCUCCAGAAGAUUCGGCAAGUGAAGCAGGGGCAAGAGCACAACUGAGAGCGCAAACAGGCUCGAAACCGCAUCGAGGUAGAGAAGCAAAGCUCUUUCCAGGAGAAGCUCUCACAGAGGUCGGAGAAAGUCAUGAGACCGAGGAAGAAGCGAAGGAGAAGUCAGAGGAGCGGUUCCGCGAGGAGAUCCGCAUUGCGUGGGGCAAUUAUCAGACCAGGAUGAGGAUGAUCAACGAAGACGUGGGAAAACCGCCCGAGGAGAAAGAAUGGGCAGCCAGGGAAGAGCAUAGAAUCUUGGAACUCCUGAUUAGCCAAGCAUCGACUGAUACGGGAUUUGAGCAAUUGCACGAGCCCUGGCAGAAGGACGAGUUCGUCAGAAACAUGUUUGGAGUACGCGCAAAAACAUCGACGACACCCUCAAUCCUCAGGAAGGCGAACAAGGUCAUGAAGUGGUUUCUGGCGGUGCCGGACGAUCCAAAACUGAAGACGUGGUCCAGUCGCAGGCGUGGGCUUCAGUACUCCAAGUUGGACGCAGCACCGUCCAGCCUCCAGAGAAGAGCGACGAAUGCGACCAGCUCACAACCAUCUCGAUCCACAACAUUGAAUGCACGGAAUCGAUACCAUCGACAAGAAGAGGGAGGCAUACUUCUUUCACCCAAACAACACAGACAACUUCAUUUCGCUCCCAAUCCUCUUGUAAACGCGCAAGCCUUGCGUCAGCCGAGCUUCGCAACUCUGGGAUACAGUUCGCAGGCUACCUCUGCACAAGGUAAAGCUGAAAAGGUGGACAAUGGACCGUCUGUGGCAUCGAGCGAGACUGGCUGGCCGACGCAGUCGCAGGCAGGUGGCGGGCGAUAA